UACGAUUGCCGCACGCCUGCCCCUCUGACUUGUUUACGUUUCGUCAAAGCGAGCGCUCUCUCACGCUGCAAGGUCGUGCAAUUAUUCCCUACCUUUCGUCUCGAGGAUUUUUACCGACUCUCGGAGGCGAUGAGCCGCGGUUCUGCCGCCGCUCUCUUGCUCCUCUUCCUGAUCGCGGCAACUUCGUCGGUCACGAGCAACAACGCCGACCCGAGCAGUGCCAAGCCGAUCAAUACGAAAACGGUGACGAUAUCUUUGGAGAAUUACGACAAAUUUUACAAGAAUGAACAGGCAUUUACCGAGCUUAUCAUUCUCGCGGAAAAAACAGUCGUACAGACGAUCGAAGUCGUUCAAAUUCCAGACGUCGUAUCGUUUUUAGUCGUUCAAAUUCACACUUACCAGUACAAUAUCAGUUUGGCCUACGACAAAAAUUUCUCACCGAGAAGAUACACCUCUGGUACAAAUCUCGGUCUUGUUAUUGAUCUAAUUGGCGGUCAAAAUACCGCCAGCACUUAUGUCAAAAACGAGAACGUGGUGGAUGUCGAAGCGAUGGUAGCAGUGGUGGCUUAUACCGAUGCCGCGCCGGUGCCUGGAGGCUGCAAUAUGGAAUUUGAAACGGAAAUAGCGCCUUACCAAAAACUGACGAUAAGCGAGUCUUCGGUAAAAGUGGCCAUGCAGCAGGCCGCAAGCCCGAAAUUCGAAGGGUUGCUGGUACCUUGCGAGAGAAACGGUGUGCUCCACGAAAUGUACAUGAUGUUUUUACCGGAGCAAGAUUUCAGCAGCGUUACAUACUUCGACGCGGUCCGAGCUGUCUUGACCGUCGAGGGAAUCAGAGAAAACGGCAGAAAGAUUCCGUCUUCUACGAGUGGGUCAAAAAUGAGACGCACUUACAGUGCUUAUCCAGGUACAGGGUCACUCUACGCGGCAAUUGCCAUUAUCGACAACGACACUGCUGCUGCUUACGUACCGGCGUUCACGUACGCUUGUAGUCCCCUGUACUGGACAGACACGUGUCAAGUUUUAACCUCGUCCUUUUCUAAGGUCCUAUGCGCACUCACCCUAUUUCUCGGAUUCUUCACCACCUUUUUCGGACACAAAUGGUUCAAGACCGAAAUGUUCUUGCUGGGAUUUUUGUCGGGAGGAAUCGUUAGCUAUAUAAUCGUAGCCAUUUUUGGAAACUACCGACUGGCAGGGAAUAUUGGUAUACCAGUAUUCGUGGGAUGCUUAUUGGGAUUCGCGUGGCUCGGAGUUUGGUGGCUCUACGCAAUACCGAUUUUACCAAUCAUGCUGGCCACCUUGACUCUGGGCUUCAUCGUGUCGAGCAUCGCAUACUUCAGUUCACCAGCCGGAGAUCCUUACCUGGAAAAUGAUACGAGCUUCUGGCUGAUCUUCACCCUGAUAGUCCUGUGCGUGCCGUUGAUACUGAGCACGGUGAUGAAGAGCGCGACCAUCGUCUCCUGUGUGAUCCUUGGAUCGUACGCGGUGGUUAUUUCGAUCGAUCACUACGCGGGUUCGAACCUCAAAUACAUCGUCAUCAACGUCAUGAGACGGGCCACUUCGCCCGGCUUCAAUCUCGCCGUCGUUCAUCCACCUUAUCAAUUUAAAGACAUAUGCCUGACGCUUUUCUGGGCAACAUUAGCGAUAGCUGGUUUUUGCGUUCAGCUCUAUCAAAAUCGCGGAAAGCCACCGUUUCCCCCGGGGAUGUCCAGCUUGCAGGGAAGCCGGAUUCUAGUCACGGAAAGAACGCCGUUGCUAGUUGAAUCCAGGAUUCCCGUAGUGACGCUGCGGGACGACGACGACGACGUCUUCUAUUCGCCGGACAGAAAGUGGUACAGCGGUAUUCUAAAAGCAGUCAGAGGGCGCAAAGAGUCUCCCAGACAUACUUGACAUGACCUGACUUGAUAUAUCUUACCCCGAUCGUCCAGAGUUACUUUUUUGCUAAACAGAUUAUGCUCGAAACAUCAGUAACUCGACGAGUUACCGAAAGGCGAUAAUUAUUAUAUAAGUAUCAAGUAAGCGCACACAUUCGCGUAUAUAUAUAUAUAUACAUAUACCUAACUAUGUCAGUUAAUACAACAAAUCGAGACACUUUCCAUCGAAAGAACCGAAAAGAAACUUGUGUUAUAUUAUAUUUUAUACAAUAUACACACGUUAAAUUACUCGA